AUGGCAAUAAAGAGGGGGACAAAUGAGAUAGGUGAAGCAGUGAAAGCGCUGUUUGGGUUGGUGAGGGAGGAGCUAGUAGCAGCAGUGAAAGGGGAGUUGGGCGCACUGUGGGAGGAGGUGGGCAGGCAGAACGAGCGAGUGUUGAUGCUGGAGAAGAGGAGCUGGUUCGUGGAGAAUGAGGUGACUGAGCUGACGCACGCACUGGAUGUAUUGGAAGAGACGAGUGAGACGACUGCUGCUGUGGAGGAGAAGAGGGAGAUAGAGCUGGCAGCAGUGAAGGGGGAGCUGCGUGGAGUGGAGGAAGAGCUGACCGGCGUCAAAGGGGAAUUGGCUAAAGUGGAAAAAAGGUAUUCUGAAGUUCAAGGGGAAUUGGCUGGAGUAAAGAGGGAAUUAACUGGAGAGAAGGGGAGGUUAACUGCAGUAAAGGGGCUGGCCGGAGUAAAGGGUGGAUUGUUUAGAGUGGAGGAGGAGUUGGGUGGCGUCAAAGGGGAUUUGGCAGGAGUGAAAGAAGAAUUGAUUGGAGGGAAGGGAGAGCUAGCUGCAGUGAAGGGUGGAUUAGCUGGGAUAAAAGGGGAAAUGUGUGAAAUGAAGGAGGGGUUGAGAGGAGUUGAAGAGAAGUGUCUUGUAUUCGAAGGGGAAUUUACUGGAGUGAAAAGGGAGUUGUCUGAGGAGAAGAGUGAGUUGAUGGCAGUGAAGGUGGAAAUAGCUGGAGUGAAGGGGGAGCUGUGUGGGAUGCAGGAGGAGUUGGCUGCGCUCAAAAGAGAGUUUGUUGGAGUGGCAGACAAGUUUUCUAGAGUCGAAGGGGAAUUGUCAGGAGUAAGUAGGGGAUUGGCUGAGGGGAAGGGGGAAUUAGCUGGAGUCAAAGGGGAAAUAUGUGGAAUGCAGGAGGAAUUUAUCACUCUCAAAGUAGCGUUGAAUGAAGUGGCCGACAAGUUCUCUGGAGUCGAAGGGAAGUUGUCUGGAGUAAAGGGGGGACUGACCAGAGCAGAGGAGGAUUUGAUUGGAGUCAAAUCAGAAUUGACAGGAAAGAAGGAAGAGUUACAUGCAAUGGAGGGGGAAAUAGCCAGUGUGAAAGGGGAGAUGCGUGAAAUGAAGGAGGACGUCAAAGGGGAGUUGACUGCGGUAAAGGGGGAGGUGACGGAAGUGAAAGAGGAAUUGACUGGCUUAAAGGGGGGGCUGUAUAAAGUAGAUUGGGCAUUGAUUGGAGUGAUGAAGGAUUUGACUAAAAUACAGCGGGCAUUGAGUGGAGUCAAAGGAGAGGUGACUGGGGCUGUGAAUAAGGUGUCUGGAGUAAAAAUAGAGCUGAUGAAAGUCGACAUAAGGCUGGACAAGGUGAAAGGUGGGCUGACGCAAGUGAAGGAAGAAUGUUCUGGAGUCAAAGACAAAGUUACUGGAUUCAGGAGGGGGUUGACUGAAUUGAAGGAGGAGUUAAUCACAGUCAAAGGGGCGUUGACUGAAGUUGAGGGAAGGUUGACCGAAGUGAAGGAAGAUGUGUCUGGAGGCAAAGGGCAGUUGAGUGGAGUGAAUGACGGGUUGGUGGAGCUGAAGAGCCAAACAAUCGCAGUGAAGUCAUUUGUUAAGAAGGAGGAGAACGAGCUCAGAGGAGCAAUGGCUGUAGUGCGAGAGAGUGGUGUGACAGAGGGGUUUGGAGGAGAGAGGGGCAUGGAGAGGCAAGGAGGGGAAUCAGCAGCCUUGACAACGGAGGUUGGUAGACUGAGUAACCGCGUGUGGAAGGUGGUCGCAGCCCUUGUGCGGUGGCAGGGGGGAAGCCAAGACACGUGGGAGAAAAUCCUGUCAGCAUGGAGCAGACCUACAGCAGCAAGGAACGCGGUGGAGCUGAAGAAUCUGAGCACCCUGAGGGUGGAGUUGCUGGACUGCAAGUUCACCAGGAGGGCAGUGGAGUGCUUGCAGAGCCUGCUAGGCCUGGAGCGCAUUAAGACGAAUGUGGAUAGGCUGCUGGCGUUGAAGAGCAGUGACCUUCCAGGGGUGACUGUGGGCAGUGAGCGCUGGAUCCUGUUUGACUGA